AUGACAGGUAUAUCAGCAAAGACGGUGACAAAAAUAAGUCAAGAAGGUGCAGUUGCCGCAAGUACAUCUACAAAAAUUUCAACUCCGGGAAAAUCACGCCCACACGAAAAGAGAGUUAAAUUGGAUGACUUUGACCUAUGUGUUAUACGUCAUAAAGUUGAUGAAUUUUAUGCUGUUCGAAAAGAAGAAUGUGAUCACGUCAGAGCUAUUGAAGAAAAAUAUUAUGUCAAUGAUUUAGAAUUGGAUAAAGAAUUGGAUAAUUUCAUUAUUGAAGUAAGAGACAGUGAAACGUCUUCAGACAGUGAUUGUGAUAGUAUAAUUUCAGGUUUAACUCCUAUUGAAAUGGACCAUGCGUAU